AUGCAGAGACGAGACAACAUCACAGCUGCGGCGCCUCCACCCCCGGGAGUUACGCCAAACUUUGCACAGCCAGAAGAUGUGCUCUACACCAUCAAUUUUGUGACCCAGAUUGCGGGCAUGGCGGUGGUCACGCCCUUUGUCGCCAUGCGGGUCUUGGUCAAGGCUUACAUAUCUCCACCGUUCCUGAUUGAAGACUAUAUUUGUGUGUUGGCUUGGCCCAAGAAGCACCCUAUUUACCAAAUCAUGCAUCAACAACGCUCACAGGCACUCUACGCCGACACGCUCGUCUACGGUCUCAAUGCCUACUUCACCAAAGUCGCCCUUCUUCUCGUCAUAGCGCGCGUCUUCUCCUCCUUCCGCAAGACGCGCAUCUUCACGUUUCUCCUCAUCGGCGCCAUGGCGUUCUACUACGCCCCCGUGCUGUUCCUCAAGAUGAACGUGUGCAAUCCGAUCAGCGGCUUCUGGACUCCGGCCGCGGCCAUGGAUCCCGGCGCCCCAGCCCCACGCUGCCUCAACCAGCGGGCCAUGUUCGUCGCCGACACCAUCAUCAGCGCAAUCACCGACACGGCCGUGCUGGUGAUCCCCAUCCCGGCCAGCAUGAGCCUGCGGAUGCCGUGGCAGAGGAGGCUCAAGGUGUGGAGCAUGCUGGGUUUGGGCGGAGUGGCCACGGCUGCUAGCAUCGUGAGGCUGGUGGUCGUGUUCACGUCGAUCCAAGAGUCGGAGGAUCAGACGGUGGACUUUGUCAGGUUUAAUCUGCUUGGAACAGCAGAAGUCAGCAUCGGACUCAUCUGUGCCUGCCUGCCGGCCAUCAACAUAAUCUUUGCCAAGACCAAGCAAACACCGCCGCCUUCGGGGGUUGCCGGUAGCCCCCCUUCGGCAUACUUUCAACGGCUCAAGUUCCUCCGCGGAAGUCGGCUUCAGACGGCGACGGACAUGACACUGGGCACAGCGGUCGUGCAGCGCAACGAAGAUGCCACGCAGAUGUUGAACAUGGGGGUGCGAGAUUCGAGCAACUGCGACAAGGAGGAGAGAGUGGGCAGCGGCGGCGGGGAAUCGUACCGUGGUCCUUGA